UUCUUGCUUGCUCACCCUCCCCUCCCCUCCCCUCCCCCCUCUCUCUCCUCCUCCUCCACUGUUCAAGCAGUGCAGGACAAGAAGAGAAAAACUGUCCAUGAAGGAAGCUCCUCCACCUCCUCCCCCCAUGCUUAGCUAGCUCGUAGUCCUUGGUGGUGUGUGGGAGAGGAAGGGGGGAGAGAGGAGAGAGGUCAAAGGAAGGCUGGUCCAUACAUUAGUCCAUCCAUCCACGCAGAAAAAACCACUCCUAGCAGCUCGCUCGCUUGCUUCCUACUACUAGUACUAGUAGUAACUAGUAAAACUCGCAUCCACGGGAGGAGUGGAGUAACCCCUCACUCGCUCGCUCGCUCGCUUUGCUUGCCAAGAACAGCCCCACUGUUCAUCAUCCAUCCUACCAUCCUUCCUUCCUUCCUGCAUCUUGUUGCGGAGGAGGAGCCCAGCAAAGUAGAGGCUAAGCUAGGCAGGAGCAGGAUAUUGUUGCGGAGUAUUUUGCAUUUAUUUGUUUGUAUCUGCAGAGAAGGCGAACAGAAGCAUCAGCAGCAGCAGCGUCAGCGUCAGCGAGAGGCAUCCUUCCGGACAGGGAGGGGAGGAUGGAUCUUUCUGUGCCCCGAGGCGAGUUCCCGAUCCCAAUGCAUCAGCACGCCGCCGCCUCGCCCUACGGGGGCAUCGGCGGCGGGGGCGUCGCCGUCGCCGACCAUGCCAUGGAGCUGCACCACGACCACGCCAACCACAACGGACAGUCCCAGGCGCAGGACAUGCCGUCGCCGCCUGCUGCUGCGUCUGAGGACAGCUCCGGGAAGAAGCGCGCGGCGGCCAUUGCCGGCGGAGCGGGAGGGCCGCCGGUCAAGUACCGGGAGUGCCUCAAGAACCACGCGGCGGCCAUCGGCGGCAACGCCACCGACGGGUGCGGCGAGUUCAUGCCCAGCGGCGAGGAGGGCUCGCUGGAGGCGCUCAAGUGCUCCGCCUGCGGCUGCCACCGCAAUUUCCACCGCAAGGAGCUCGACGACUUCGACGGCGACAGCUGCGCCUCGCACGGCUACGGCUACGGCUACGGCCACCACGCCGUCCGCCGCCUGCUAGGCCCGGCCGUGCCGCACCACCACAAGAGCAGCGGGGGCCUCCUCGUCACCGCGGACCACUACGGCGCCUACGCUGCGGCACGCGCGCUCCCUCCGCCGCCGCCCCCGCCGCUGGGACACCACCACCAGAUCAUCAUGCCGCUCAACAUGAUCCAGACGUCCGAGUCGGACGAGAUGGACGGCAGCGGCGGCAUCAUGGGCGACGGCAGAGGCGGGCUAGCCUCGGGCGGCGGCGGCGGCGGCUCCUCCUCGUCCAAGAAGCGCUUCCGCACCAAGUUCACCGCCGAGCAGAAGGGGCGCAUGCUGGAGUUCGCGGAGAACGUGGGGUGGCGUCUCCAGAAGCUGGACGACGCCAUGGUGCAGCACUUCUGCCAGGAGAUCGGCGUCAAGCGCCGCGUCCUCAAGGUCUGGAUGCACAACAACAAGCACAACCUCGCCAGCAGGCCGCCCCCUACCUCGCCCACGCCGCCGCAGUCACAGUCAAUGCCGCUGGCGAUGUCAAUGCCGAUGCCGCUGGGCAUGUCAAUGCCGAUGCAAGUGCCGCCGUCGCAGCCCGGGCCUUCCGGCCACCGCGGCCCCAGCUCCCCGCGCGCGCAGGGGGAGCUCAAGCUCGACUGACGUCACAAAGAAGCCCUGGUGUCCGUCAACGGCGCCACGGUUGCUGAUUCUGCUAGCGUUAGUAAGCCGCAUUGCCAUUAAUUUCACUGUUCCAUCGGCGCGAUCGAUCGAAGCAGAGAGAAGAGAAGAGAAGAGAACCAAAAACAAACCCGAGUCUACCAUCAUCUCCAUUUUUUUUCCUUUCGCUGUUUAUCUUGUCAUAAGGUUGGGGAGCAAGCAUGAGAGGGGGGACAUAGGCGAACCGGACUGAGCUCCACUCAAUUUCAAUUUAUUUUUCCUGGACCUAGCUUUUUUUCUUCUUCUUCGUCUCCUUGGUUGGUGUCUCUGACUUGAAGUCUAGCAGUACCUGUUGAGCUGAGCAUUUGAGUUGCCAUGGAUCAGAUCAGAUGAUCAGAGGCUGUAUGAAAUUGAUUCUGACUUGUUUACAAUUUCUCCGUUUAUCUUCAA